GCCUCAACCAUUCAUUCCAUGUUUUGCGGUUCUUGAACUUGGUAGUUUACACUCGUUCGUCUCAUGUUCGAAAGUCACUCGCUUUUCCUAUCUUGUAUUUGAUUGAGCCGCUGCCUCCCAGACGCUAGUUUAUACACAGAAUUAAGAGAUACUGCUCUCUGUUCCUUGGCUUGUUUCCGCCUAUCGAUCAAAUCACAGUAGCGACCCAGGAUUCGAGUUCGCGUCACACUUGGGAUCCGAUCUGGGUCCCACUCUUACCAAUUCAUUUGGCGCCUUUCCACUGUCGGCUUAGGUAGGGGAUGACUACACUGCCUCGAGGAAAUUUGUAUGCCUCAAUCGUGAUGCUAUCAUCUGUAUAGGUCGACACUUGGGCAGACGUUGCAAAAGCUAGCGGCAAUGGUUAGCAUCGUCUCCCACAAGGCAAAGGCUCCAAGCAAAGAGUCUCUUGCGACCGACAUUGAGCCCGGGAACCCACCAACAGCACCCAGGCAAGUUGGUGCCAGACAACGCGCAAGCGAUUGGUUCGCCAAAGUCUCCCAAGAGGGGUUAUUCCAUAAACCUCUACCUCCCUCAAAGGAUGGUCGCCAUGUUCCCAUAAGAUUUGCGGGAAGCCAGGACGGCGACAAAGCUACUCAUCUCAUCGAUGAGCGCCGGGGCCAUGGUUACCUCUCCAAUGCGAUCCGAACGUCCCGUUACACCCUGUACGACUUUUUCCCGAAGCAGGUCUGGUUUCAAUUCUCGCGUCUCAGCAACUUUUACUUUCUCUGUGUUGGAAUCCCGCAGACGAUACCAGGAAUUAGCACCACGGGAAAUUUUACUACCAUUCUUCCCCUACUGUUUUUCGUUCUCCUCACUAUAGUCAAAGAGGGCUAUGACGAUUACAAACGUCAUCGUUUGGACAAGGUCGAGAAUGCACGCUGCGCCACCGUUUUGCGGCGGGCGUCAGGGGCUGAUGAGGUGUUGGAAACUCAGCGCCAGUCAGGCUGGCCACUCCCACACUUUCUUGGCAAGCACUUCCAGCAAAAAUCUUGGGAAGACAGGAGGGAACCUGCUGGCGAAGGUUGGGAAUGGAGAACUGUGCAAUGGAGGGACAUCGAAGUUGGCGACGUCUUGAGACUAUCUCGAAAUGAAGAUGUGCCUGCAGACCUGAUACUAGUCCAGGCCGAGAACGAAGAUCACAUUGCGUAUGUGGAAACGAUGGCCUUGGAUGGCGAGACGAAUUUGAAAAGCAAAUCUGUCCCCGCAAACCUGACCAAGCUCGCCAGUAUCUCUGAUAUUGUUCAGUCUGGCCUUGAAAUCGUGGCCGAGGAUCCAAAUCCGGACCUUCACAAUUUCGACGGGCGCCUUACAAUUGCCGGGGAUACUGCUCCUCUAACGAUCAACGAAGUUCUCUACCGAGGAUGUACACUCAGAAACACCCCGGCCGCAGUUGGCGUCGUCAUCAACACGGGCGAGGAGUGCAAAAUCCGAAUGAACGCGAACCGCCAUCCCAAGGCCAAGAAACCCGCACUUGAGAAGACGACCAACCGUAUUGUGCUCACACUAGUUGCGUACGUCUUUUCGUGUACUGCUGGAUGCUCUAUCGGCUAUCUACUCUGGCAACGCUCGACCGAAAACUCUUCUUGGUACCUUCGCGGAGCUGGUGUAGCCGUUCAAGAGAUUGUUGUCGGCUACGCCAUACACUUUAACAACAUCAUUCCUCUCUCGCUAUAUGUUACUCUCGAGCUCACCAAACUCUUUCAGAUGUUGAUGCUCAACGGCGACAUCGAGAUGUACCAUGAAGCAUCAGAUACUCCUGCCAAGUGCAACACGAACACAAUCUUGGAGAACUUGGGCCAAGUCGGAUACGUAUUCUCGGACAAGACAGGGACCUUGACGGAAAACGUUAUGCAGUUCCGCAAGAUGAGCAUCGCAGGAAUCUCGUGGCUACACGAUGCGGGUCUGCAAAAGCCAGAUGGCCUUUCUCCUGUUUCCACUUCAGUCCAAGUCAUCUCUCCUACUUCUUCGAACAGAGAGAUGGCCGUACCAACCGUGGUAAUGUCUCACCAGCCAGAGCGUCGGAGCUUUGUGAUUCCAGAGGAUUCUGAGAUACCAUAUGAUGUCCCGCGGGGUCGCCCACAGGAGACAGAGAUGUUCCCUCGACGGUCAGGACUUUCGGCAACCUCACCGCGCAGGUCUUCGUUGCAGUGGAGAUCUUCUGGCCGACCAGAUCUCGAGCAGCCAGGCUUGUCUUCGGCGGACCUGAUGGAGUACAUCCGCCACAGGCCAAACUCUGCCUUCGCCAGAGCUGCAACUGACUAUCUCCUUGCGCUCGCCCUUUGCCACACUUGUUUACCAGAGUAUAGUGACGACGGCAUUGACUACCAAUCCGCAUCUCCCGAUGAGUUGGCCCUUGUCAGAGCAGCUCAGGAGCUCGGGUACCAAGUGGUCCAGCGAUCAUCACAUUCAGUCACGCUCAGGCUUGGAUCUACAAACGGUGGCGAGGACACUCGGGAAGUUGUUUAUGAGAUACUGGAUGUUGUUGAGUUUAGCAGCAAACGCAAACGCAUGUCCAUCAUCAUCCGCUGCCCUGAUGGGCGUAUACUCCUUAUUUGCAAAGGAGCAGACUCGGUCAUCCUUCCGAGACUAAGGCAGGCGAAUCUUGCGCUGCAAAAGGUCCAAGAGGUCCGACAGAGUGUUGAGGUUGAGAAAGAAGCUUUGAGGCAUAGUGAGGCCCGUGAGCCAAGAAAUAGCUUGGGUGGAAGGCCAAGUCUCGAUCUACGGCGGCACGGUGGAUAUGCUGAUGCGGGAUUAUCUGGCCCCUUCGCCAAGCGUCCUUCUAUGAGCGACAGGAGCAAGUCUUUCGAGGCGCACAGCAGAGCCCGACGCUCAGCCGACCUUGUCCGCCCUUCACUACAGCUGCGGACCAUGUCAUUUGACCUUAAACGCUCGCGGAAUGAUCCUUCAGGGAGUGCAUUACUGUCGGCCCCAGCGCUGACACAGCUCCCCGCCAAAUUUGAAGUCCUUGAGGAUCCGUCAGUGAAUGACGAUGGCGUCGUUUUUACUCGAUGCUUCAAGCACCUGGAUGACUUUGCAUCCGAGGGUUUGCGAACUUUGGUCUAUGCCCAGAAGUUCCUUUCCGAGUCCGAUUACGCCUCGUGGAAGAAGCUGUACUCCGACGCCACGACCAGCCUCGUGGAUCGCCAAGAACGUAUCGAAACGGUCAGCGAGCUCCUUGAACAAAAUCUGGAGCUGGUUGGGGCCACUGCCAUCGAAGACAAGCUGCAAAAGGGCGUCCCCGAAACUAUCGACAAGUUGAGGCGUGCGAAUAUCAAAGUAUGGAUGUUGACCGGCGACAAGCGCGAAACUGCCAUCAACAUUGCGCAUUCAGCACGUAUUUGCAAACCAUAUUCGGACGUUCACAUCUUGGACUCUAGCAAAGGUAAUAUCGAAGGCCAGCUUGCGGGCAUUAUCGAGGAGUUACGUGAACAGAAAAACAGCAACGGCCUUGUGCCAAGCUUUCAGAAUAAUCACAACGUCCUCGUGGUGGAUGGCCAUACCCUUGGCGAGAUGGAGCCAUCUGUACAUCUGUCGGAGCUCUUUUACUCACUCGCGCCGGUUGUUGACAGCGUUAUUUGCUGCCGCGCAUCACCAGCCCAAAAAGCACUCCUCGUACGGGCGGUACGCCAAAAGAUCAUUCAGUCGACACCCUCUGGGAAAAGUGCUACUCGCGGCGAUACUCUCCUCACUCUGUCGAUAGGGGAUGGCGGUAACGAUCUGGCAAUGCUUGCCGAAGCCCACGUCGGAGUGGGUAUUUCGGGCCGCGAGGGGCUGCAGGCGGCCCGUGUUGCCGACUAUAGUAUUGCGCAGUUUCGAUUCCUUGCGCGACUGCUACUCGUCCACGGGCGGUGGAACUACUCGCGUACAGCGCGCUUCGUACUUGCCACGUUUUGGAAGGAAAUGUACUUUUAUACAGGCACAAUUGCCUAUCAGUACUUUGUGGGAUAUACGGGGACAUCGCUCUAUGAGAUGUGGAGCUUGACCGCUCUCAACCUGCUUUUCACAAGCUUGUGCACCAUAUCGCCGGCUCUUUGGGAGCAGGACCUCAGUGCGACCACCCUCCUCGCGGUGCCGGAACUGUAUACUUUUGGACAGCGCAACCUCGGACUGGACGUGACCAAGUACCUGAGCUGGAUGCUUGCUGGCGUUGCCGAGGGUCUGAUCACCUUUUUCAGUUGUUGGGCUAGUGUGGGGGUUUUUGGUCUGACCGGGGACAUUGGAUUGUACGCGAUUGGAAACUUGGCCUUUAGCAUCGCCAUGAUGUGGACGAACUGGAAAUUACUGAUUAUCGAGACGCAUACCAAAAACAUCGUCAUACUGGGAUCUUUCCUCAUCACGGUGGCUGGGUGGUGGGCUUGGCAGGCAUUCCUUUCGGGCUCGUACUCUCCUUCACCAUCACCAUAUGCCGUCCGUGGUGGCCUAACAGAGGGCUUCGGCCGCGAUCUCAGCUGGUGGACCUGCCUGAUCGUCGUGCUGGCCGCCCUCAUCGUUUUCGAAAUGGGUUACAAAGCAGUAAAACGGCAACUCGUCGUCGGCGGGGCGCUGAGGAAAAGACAGCGGAAGGCCAAGAGGGUGCUGGGGAGGAUACUGCAUCGGGUGCUCUGUGGACUCUUUGUCUCGACGGGGGUGGCGGCUGCGGCUGGGAUAAAGACUGGUGAUGCCCAAGCCGACGACCUCAGGCGGCAGGAGGCGCUCGAGAAUGAGGAAGAUCUGGAUCUGGAGCUUUGGCAGGAGCUGGAGCAGGAUCCGGAAGUCAGGGCCAGGUUGGAGGGGCUGUGCUGGGUGGAAGACGAGGAGGAGAACGUGGGUGAUGAUGACGAGGAUAAUGCGGAAGAAGUCCAGGUCGGCCGAACAGGGGCUUGAAUACUGGGCAAUGCUUUUCUGUUUCUUUUUUUGUUUUUUGUUUUUUAUGAUACCCGGGAGGAUCUCUGCUUCUCCUUUCCAACUUAAGCACUCAUGCUGCCGUUAGACUAUGCAUAUAAUGUAAUUAGCGUCGCCUGCACUAUCAUUGUCAUUUUCUUCUAUACAAUACACAUGAGAAACAGAACUAAUGGAUCCAAAACUAUCUGACCUUG